AUGACCAAACCCGGGCUAUGGGACCGCUCUAAACGUCGCUUGAAGUCCUAUGUUGCCCGUACCAAGUUGAGGAUAGCCGCCGCCCUUAUUAGCUCCACCAACGAUGAGGACGAUGAGGAUGAUGAGAUCACAUUCUCACGGCGCAUAUCCCCAGCGCCGGUAUGCGGAGCAGCUAGAAACGACCUCUUGUGGCCCUCCGAUAAGCGCCAGCUGAAAGUGCGCUUCCUUAACGGUACGACACAAGAAAAGGACUAUGUGAAACAGCUUGUCAAUAAGCAUUACAACUCACUUCCUCUGCGGAUCAAAUUCUUCUUCUUUACAGACGGAACUUCUGGCGACUCGGACAUCCGCGUCCAGUUCAACGACAAGGAGUCUUGUAGCUACCUUGCCCGCGAUGCAGAGCGUUACCCCAAUAAGCCCACCUUAUGGAUUAAUCGGUCGACGACAAUAAAAUCGGCGGAAAAAAGAAGGCAGUGGCUCCAGCGCACAAUAUUGCAUGAGUUUGGUCAUGCGUUGGGCAUGGAGCACGAACACGGACAUCCAGACUGUCGUGCCGACUGGAACUGGAGGGUCCUACAGGCAAAGACAGGAUGGACUGCGGAAAAGGUGCAGCAUAAUUACAAGAAACAUCAGUCCCCACGAAUAAAGCUCGCACCGUACGACAAACACUCCAUCAUGCAUUACCGGAUAGAGAUUGGAGACACGCAUAACAAAAUCCAGCCCGUACCGCUAAGCAGUGUCCUGUCGGAUGGAGACAAGAAAUUCUUGAUGGCCCUCUAUCCUCUCCCAAUAACCUCGAAGCCAACACCAAAGCCAACACGAACACCGGUCGUUGCCCCGGCGAGGAAACCAGAGGUAGCCCCGAAGCCAAUACCAAACCCGGUCGUCACCGCCACGAGGAAACCAGUGGUAGCACCGACACCCGCCAAGCCAGCAGUGAUCACAACGGGCAAACCAGUCCAGAAACCGACACCCGGCACAAGUCUGGUCACCGUCCCAGAAACCAAACCCCAGACAAACGUCACCGGCAACCGCCAGCGUUAG